AUGGCGCCUUCGAGAAUUCCACAAAAGCGAAUCCUUGGUGAUGCUACAAACACUCGACAAAAUAUUCCCUCGUCGCCUGCGGCAGCCAAAAAGAGGAAGCUCGAGCCCUUUUCGUCACCGGCAAAUAGAUUCAAGAGUUCUCAAAAUGGACCAAAGGGAAAGUUGGGCUCAAGCCAACCGAGUCAUUUCGAGUCCGAGGUGCUGGAGAAGAUGACCCAGGACAUGGCCGGUUUGAGGAAGAGCAACUCAGAGAAGGAUCAGCACUGGGCACGACCGCCUUUGGGUGAUUUCAACGGAAAUACAGACAAGCUUUGCUUCCAACAAAUUGAAGCGGAGGAGGGCACACUGCACGGGGGUAAAGCAACUGUAAAGUUGUUCGGCGUUACCGAAACUGGCAAUUCUGUCAUGCUUCAUGUCUGCGAUUUCCUCCACUACCUCUAUGUCGAGGCUCCUAUUGGUUUUGGCGUACAAGACUGCGAACCUUUCAAGACGUACCUCGAGGCUCAAAUUGCUCAACAUCAACCGGCCAUACACUCCGUACAAGUAGUCAACCGGGAAAGCUUAUAUUACUUCAAAGGCAAUCAGCAGUUUGCAUAUGUCAAAAUUACUGUGACAGACCCCAAAUAUAUUAAUAAAGUCCGAGGGACCAUCGAAAGCGGCCAAGCGAAUUGGAAGGGGAUGUGGAAACCUACUAUGAUUGGUGACAGGGCUCAUAUUCAAUCGUUCGACAGCAUUCAGUAUGUGCUUCGAUUUAUGAUUGAUUGCGAGAUAUCUGGAAUGUCUUGGGUAGAGGUUCCCCAAAAAUCAUAUAAACUUAUCCCACAGCACGAACGGCAAUCGAAUUGUCAGAUAGAAGCCGAGGUCUCCUAUCGAGAUUUGAUAGCACACAAGCCUAUAGCAGAGUGGGCGAAAAUGGCACCCCUCCGAAUAUUGUCCUUCGACAUUGAAUGUGCUGGCCGCAAAGGCAUCUUCCCAGAACCUGAUGUGGACCCAGUUAUCCAGAUCGCCAAUGUUGUUACGCGAUAUGGAGAGAAGAAACCUUUUGUUCGCAAUGUCUUCUGUCUUGACACAACAAGUCUAAUUGUUAAUACCCAAAUCUUUGAAUUUGAGCGGGAAGAAAAGAUGCUCACAAAAUGGAGAGAUUUCUUGGAAGAGGUCGACCCAGACAUCAUCAUCGGUUACAAUAUCGCUAAUUUCGAUUUCCCCUAUCUUCUCGACCGAGCCAAGCACCUAAAAGUCCGUGACUUCGACCAUUGGACCCGUUUGCCUAAUACUAGAUCCGUUUCAAAGGAGAGCAAUUUCUCCAGUAAGCAGAUGGGCAAUCGAGAUACCAAGGCUACCAACACAAAUGGUCGAUUACAGCUAGACUUACUUCAGUUGGUUCAAAGAGACCACCAACUAAGAAGUUAUACCCUCAACUCCGUCUGUUCACAAUUUCUCGGGGAGCAGAAGGAAGAUGUGCAUCAUACUAUGAUCACUGAACUUUUCAAUGGAACGCCAGAAUCAAGGCGGAGAUUGGCUGUCUAUUGCUUGAAAGAUGCGUAUUUACCACAACGAUUGAUGGACAAACUGUCUUGCCUCGAAAAUUACACUGAGAUGGCAAGAGUCACAGGUGUUCCGUUCAACUAUCUACUAGCUCGUGGCCAACAAGUCAAGUUUGUCAGCCAACUGUUCCGAAAAGCACGGGAACAAAAGCUUGUCAUUCCCAAUAUCAAAACCGAGCAUUCCGACGAACAAUACGAGGGAGCGACGGUUAUCGAGCCCACAAGAGGUUUUUAUGAUGUUCCAAUCGCCACGCUUGAUUUCGCAUCCCUUUAUCCUAGUAUCAUUCAAGCUCAUAACCUCUGCUAUACGACGCUUCUUACCAGAGACGCUGCCAAAACCUUGAAUUUAGUGAAAGAUGAAGAUUAUAUCGUCACGCCUAACGGAGAUUUGUUCUGCACAGCGAAACGAAGAAAGGGUCUCUUGUCUCAGAUUCUCGAAGAAUUGCUCGGUGCCAGAAAACAAGCAAAACGAGAGCUAGCGGUUGAGACAGAUCCAUUCAAAAAGGCCGUACUGAACGGCCGACAAUUGGCUCUGAAGAUCAGCGCUAAUAGUGUUUACGGUCUUACUGGUGCAACUGUUGGGAAACUCCCUUGUUUGCCGAUUGCAAGUAGUACCACAAGUUACGGUCGGCAAAUGAUUGAGAAGACCAAGGCAGAGGUUGAAGCCAAGUAUACCAUUGCAAAUGGUUACAGCCACGAUGCUCAAGUCAUAUAUGGCGAUACCGAUUCAGUCAUGGUAAAAUUUGGUUUGAAAGACCUGCAAACCUCUAUGAAGCUGGGCGAGGAAGCUGCACAUUACGUGUCUUCGAAAUUCAUCAAGCCUAUUAAAUUGGAGUUUGAAAAGGUCUAUUUCCCCUAUCUGCUGAUCAACAAGAAGCGGUACGCUGGUUUAUACUGGACGAAUCCCGAUAAAUACGACAAAAUGGACACAAAGGGUAUCGAGACAGUCCGAAGAGAUAAUUGUCGCCUAGUUCAAAAUGUCAUUGAGACAGUCCUGAGGAUGAUCUUGAUUGACCAGGAUGUCCAGGGCGCGCAAGACUAUGUCAAAGAUACCAUUUCCGACCUCCUUCAAAACAAGAUCGAUAUGUCCAAACUCGUCAUUACUAAAGCCCUCUCGAAAAAAGAUUACACAGCUAAACAAGCACACGUCGAGCUCGCCGAACGCAUGAAGAAACGCGACGCGGGCUCAGCACCAACACUCGGCGACCGCGUAGCCUACGUGAUCAUCAAGGGCACCGCAGGAGCUAAAAAUUUCGAGCGUUCCGAAGACCCAAUCUUCGUCCUGGAGAACAACAUCCCCAUCGACACCAAAUACUACCUAGAUAACCAGCUCGCCAAACCCCUAGGAAGGAUCUUCGAACCCAUCCUCGGCGAGACAAAAGCCAAUUCCCUCCUCGCAGGAGAUCACACACGCUCUAUAUCGGUCGCUGCGCCGUCUCUGGGCGGCCUUAUGAAGUUCGCCAAGAAAACCUUCACCUGCAUGGGCUGCAAGAAGCCUCUUGUGGGCAAAGACGAAAGCGGCGGUGCCGUGUGCUCCAACUGCGCGCCUCGCAUCGGCGAACUGUAUACCAAGACCUUGAACAAAGUGUCAGACUUGGAAGUCCGGUUUGCGCGGCUGUGGACCCAGUGUCAGAGGUGUCAGGAGAGUAUGCAUAACGAGGUUAUCUGUAGUAGUAAAGAUUGCCCCAUUUUUUAUAUGCGCAUGAAGGCUAAGAAGGAUGUCGAGGAUGCUGGGAAGGAGUUGGUGCGGUUUGAUAGAGAUGCUGCAGCCUGGUGA